AUGAAGCACGACCAUGCAUGGAAGGCCACCGAAGUUGCCGGCAUCUCCGCGGCGUUGUUGAAGUGGUACGACGCCAAUCGCCGGUGUCUUCCAUGGCGAGGGGACUCGCUGCCGUACCUUGUGCGGGUCCAUGAGCGCGAUGCCGGCUACAAUGCCCCGAACGUCGUGACACCAUACGCCACGUGGGUGUCCGAAAUCAUGUGCCAGCAAACGCGGGUGGACACCGUCGUGACGUACUACACGAAAUGGAUGGACACUUUCCCAACGAUCCAGAGCCUCGCCAACGCCGAUCCCGACCAAGUCAAUGCCGUGUGGGCAGGCUUGGGGUACUACCGCCGCGCCCGCAUGCUCCACCAAGGAGCGCAGUUUGUCAUGGAAAAGUUUAACGGCGACAUGCCACGUGAUGUGGACUCGCUCAAGACGAUUCCAGGGAUCGGGCCAUACACUGCAGGAGCGAUAGCGUCGGUUGCGUUUGGACAAGUCGAACCCCUGGUAGACGGCAAUGUCAUUCGGGUAGUCUCGAGGCUACGUGCGAUUUCUGGUGAUCCCAACCACAAACCCCUCACCAAACAUUGCUGGGAAAGUGGCACUAAACUGAUCGACGCGGCACGCCCGGGGGACUUUAACCAAGCGCUCAUGGAACUUGGCGCUACCGUGUGUUCCAUUCAGACGCCGUCCUGUGCGUCGUGCCCUGUCCGAGACUUUUGCCACGCGUUGGCCCAAACCAAAAACGAGGAUUCAUCCAAACAAUCGACGGUGGCAGAUUGCUCCAUCUGCGACCUCACCAGGCUGGACGAAUGGGGUGUUGUGGGGGGGGCUGUUACUAGAUUUCCGCUGAAAACCCGGAAAAAAGCCCCUCGAGAUGAAGUCGUCAACGUCGCAGUCGUGUACCACCAACCUGUAGGCGAAACAGUUGACUCCCGGCGGUUCCUCAUGUUUAAGCGAGCACAAGCUGGACUGUUGGCCGGGCAGUGGGAGUUUUUGACAUUCCAGGUUGAAGAGUCCGACACUAUUCCCGACUAUUCGAGUCGAAUGGUGUGGGCGAAAGCGGACAUUUCAAACGCGUUAAACGUGCCGCCCGAUCAACUCGAAGCGCUGAUCGUUCACCGCCAAGACCUUGGGGAGCUCGUGCACGUGUUCUCCCAUGUGAAGCAUCACAUGGGAGUGGAGGAGGUCCAAGUUGCGCUGCCCGACGGGGCCUCGGUACCCGUCGAGUCUUCGACCAUGCGCUGGAUGACAUGCGACGACAUGGCCGAGGUGGGGAUAACCACGGGCAUGAAAAAGGUGUUGGCUCUUGUGACAAAAGAAGCGUCCAAAGUGCGCGCCAGAAACGAACGGGGCGCUGCCUCAGCACGCAAAGUCCGAGCCAAAACACAACCAGACUAUACAAAACCUAUCACGAGCUUCUUUCACUUGGCUGCGAAACCAUCGUGUAACGACCCCAAGUAGAAGCAAAUUCAUG